AUGGAAGACCUGAAGCAGGCAUUAUUGGAAUUGCCAGCUUUGCAAGCAAUCAAUUACGACUCAUCAGCACCAGUUAUUCUUGCAGUGGACAUGUCUCUGAUCGCAGUCGGAUAUCAGUUGUGCCAAGGCGCAACUGAUGGAUCGAAAAAGCAGUUCUUCAGUCGGUUUGGGUCUAUCAUGCUCAAUGAUCACGAGAAGAGGUUUUCGCAACUGAAGCUCGAGCUCUACGGUCUAUAUCGCGCUUUGCGAGCACUCAAGGUCUAUCUGAUCAGUGUUCGCAAUCUGAUAGUCGAAGUCGAUGCCAAGUACAUCAAGGGCAUGUUGCAGAACCCAGACAUUGCCUCAAAAUACAAGGGCAAGCAGUUUCAGAUGCGACCCGCUCUGAAACAAGGAAAAGGAAAGGGCAAGGUGAUGAACGUGCGACAAGUCAAAGAAGAAGGUAGCUCGGACACAUCACCUCAAAUUGCAGCAUUGAAACAAGCAAUUGCUGCACUUCAUGGGAUGAGCACCAACUCGACUACUCCACCAUCCAGCAAAGGCAAGGGCAAGGUGAAGAGCACGGACGCGGCAUCAAUGGCAUCGGCAUCUACGGUCAAGGACACCAAUGUGAGAAUCAUCGAGCUGGAUGAAUUCUCAGAGGAUUUUCUGUAUGAAGUGUAG